UACAUGUACAUUGUACAAGAACGCGAUACGGAUACGAAUUUGGUAGUUUGGUACGAGGAGUAAGGACAAAAGUCAAUACUCAAUCGCUAUGAAUUCUCAUUUAUUCAGUCUUCCUAUUUUAGUAUUUUGUACAUUAAAACAUUUUGAAUCGCAAUUUUACGAAUAAUAAAAUAUUCCCAAAAAUAAAUAUAUGUAACCAAAAAAAAAGACUAAACAUAGACUCUUUUAAGAAAUCUCAUCUACUCAUUUAUUUAACAGAAAUGUUAUAAAAUGUAUAUUAUAUAAUCUCGAGAAUUCGAUGACAACAAUUGUUAACAUAGGCUAAUCGCAUUACUGAAACAAUAUGGCAAGUAAUUACAAUCAAGAUGGGCAAAUUCCAAUUCCACCUCGCAGAACACGCUCGAUUACUUCAGAUAAAGUACCUUAUGUGGUUGAUGUGGUGGCUGAGAGAUGUAUUGUGCCAGCUAUGGAGAGAAUGUCAAGAAGAGAGCCUAAUAUGGGAGAAAGUAUAUCACCUUUAGAUCGCUUAAGAAACAAUGUAGAUAUGUCAGAAAAUGUUGCUAGAAUGGCAUCACACCUCAAACAGUUGGAGAAAAAAAGGGAUGAAUUACAAAGACAAUGUACUGCCAUUGAGUCUAUGAAUAGGCAAAGUGAAGUAAAUCGAUUAAUUGAUAAAAACAAAGAACUGAAACAAGACGUUUUUGUAUUAAAAAAUCUAACUUACAGAUUGAAUAGAGAAUUGGAAAAAUGUCAAGAUAAACUGCUAUCAAAAGAUCAAUUUCCUGAAUCUGGGGGUUACAUGCGAGUACAAGAUCCAAAAAAUAUUAACUGGCGCAGAGAAGAUAUUAAUGCAGUAUCACCAUUGUUAGAAGCAUACCAAACAUCUUUAGAAGAGAAAGAUGUUACUAUUGAAAGCUAUAAAAAUGAACUUGCUCGAUUUUCUUCUAGGAGUAGAGAAAUUGCUGCAGAAAAUGAAAAUCUUUAUCAACAGCUUGAAGAAGCAAAUGAAAAAGUUGAAGUAACAUAUGGAGAAUGGAAAUCAGUAGAGUCUGAAGUAGCUAUGCUAAAAGAACAUAAUGAGUUAUUGGUCAGGCAAGCCAAAUUACAUCAAGCAAAGUUACAAGAUUUACUUCGUUCAUAUCAAUCAAGAGUUACUGAGUUGAAUGGCGAACGAGAUCAUCUAGCUGAGAAAUAUGAGAAUGCCCGUAUAGAGCUUCUUCAUUUGCAAGGUCGCGUGUCCUCAUUAGCUGGAGACUUGAAUCGUAUGAAAACCGAAGAUGAUAAUAAAAUUCCAAUUGCUGUACACACGUCUGCCGUGAACGAGUGUCGAAGACUUUUUGAAGAACUCAAGUGUCGGUACGAUGACGAACGCGAUACGUUGAUGCGAAGGUUGAUAACAUUUGAAGAGGAAAGGCCUACACUCGACAUCAGAAUCGUUACUUUGACUACCGAAUUAAAUCAACAGCGGUCCAUCAACAAAGCUUUGGAUUUACAGUGCUCGCAGCUGAAAGCGAAAUGUGACGCGUUGGAGAAACAUUUGUUCGAUUGCGAGUCGGAAAAGAACACUAACAAGAAACAAUUGGCAGAUGCCAUGGUGUUCCUGCGUGAAACCAUUAACGAACAGGAGGCACUUUUGCGCCGUGCGGCCGGCGACGGUCGGAAUGACGCCUCGGCUGCCGUAUUAAGCGCCUCUAUAAGCGCCCGGGUGAAGGCCCUCACCGAACACCUAAAGUGCGUUGAACAAGGUGCCCAUCAAGAAGUUAACCGUUUGAGCGGCCGCCUGUACGAACAAUCUGCCGAGCUGGAAAGAAUGAAGAAGACGUACGAAAACGAGAUCAAUGCAUUAAACAACGCCCUUCUGCAGAAGCAAAGCGUUAUAGACUCGAUGGAUGCGAACCUGGAAAGAUAGCAAUGGUGCCCAUGCGCCGCUUGGUCUUCGUCGUGGUGCCGUAGUCUUAGUCAGUACAUAUUAAGAAGGGUAUGAAUAGAGGUUGUAAUAAUAUGGGGAAAGCCAAAUAAUAACUAAAAUAAUAUCUAUAUACAUACACACAUAUAUAUAUAUAUAUAUAAAUAUAUAUAUAUAGCUUUAUAAAGACUUUUAAUCAAAAAAAAAAAAUUGUAACUUAACCUCAAAGAAUUAAAGUGUGUUCGUAUGAAAUAUGUAUUUUAAGUAUCAAAAAAUAUGUUAUGUGUAUUAUUAUCACUAUAACUAUUAUUAUUAUUAUUAUUAUAAAAAUUUCGUUAUGUAGUUGUAGGAUUUUCAGAAAAUACUCAUGAGAAGACGGAUAUGAUAACAAUUUGGUUAUACUAUUGGUAUUUAUUAUUAUAUGUACAACAUAUCUAUAUGAUAAUUAAAAGUAUUUACAUUAAUAAAAAUAAAAAUAAAAAUAGUAAAUAUAAUUCAUUAUUAUUAUAUAAAUUCUUUUAUUAAAUUUUACAGGGUUAUUUGACUAGGAAGAAUAAUGAUGUCAUAUUGACAUAGCAUACGACAUUAAUGUAUACAGAGUGUAUCACAGAGAUCUGACAAUUUUACAAAGAAAAAAUACAUUUGAAUAUCAUGUCAGUUCCUCGAUGUACACCCGGCGUAUCAUGCUAGCUAGCCAGUAAAGUCAUUCGGGAGUUGAUAUAAUAUCUCGCGUAGUAGUAUUAUAAUAAUAUUAUGCAUAUCAAAUGAUCUAAAAAGAAUACUCGGUACCUAUAACUAUUGAGAUACUAAUAUGUAUGAUCGAUCACACGCAAUAUCGAUGGUACACGGCAAAAUGGUCUAAGCUCUAAGCAAUACUUAGGGAGCACGUGAAAUAGAUUUUAUCAUUGGACGGAAAAAAAUGUAUUUUUUCCAAUACGUAGGUAAGUAUGUGAAUAGCUGCCAUCAUUAUUUUGAAAACAAUUAAAAUUUUAAGUUUGCGGUUUAAAGAGCACUUAAAACUUGUUUGUUUUAAAAAUUGGUCUAAAAAAAAUAUUGGUAAUAAACGAUUUUUGAGGGAGGAUGGUAUGACAAGUGACAGUUUAUUUAAGGAGUGAAACAAAUGUAGGGCAGGGAUGAAAUGCAAUUGUCACAUACAUAUGUUUAUGAGUGGUU